CGUCAUUCGUUAAUUAAUUAUUUCUAAAUAAACAUUUUUAUAUAUAGUUUAUUCAUUUUAUAAUAAGUAAAACAAAUUUGAUAAACCAACAAUAGUUUACAUUCCUUUUCUUUUUUUUUUUUCUUCACGUGACCCCCACUCCAUCCCUGACAUGCGCAGUACACACCGGAGAGCGGCCUCGGUCGGAAUGAUGGCGUCCUUAACUGUGCGGUGUUCCACACGUUGGAUCACAGUUGCCGUGUCCUCCGGACGCCAUAGAAUCGCCAGUGCAGUUUUAUCCUCUGACAAUGGAGAUAUUCGGCGUUUUUCUACUCUUGGGACCGAAAGGUUGUGGCGUAAAGGGAACUUCGUCUGCGGCGGUGCAGAAAAAGCGUUGACAUUGAGAGGUGUCAAAUUGCCAAAUGCCGUCUCCACGCUUUUAUUCCACACAAGCCCCCCCUCUAGUAGCAAGCAGGACUUCUACCAGAUCCUUGGGGUUCCUCGCACAGCAACCCAGAAGGAGAUCAAGAAAGCCUAUUACCAGAUGGCCAAAAAGUAUCAUCCUGAUACAAAUAAAGAUGACCCACAAGCUAAAGAAAAGUUUGCUCAGCUGGCUGAAGCUUACGAGGUCCUUAGUGAUGAAGGAAAGAGGAAGCAGUACGACGUGUAUGGCUCAACAGGCUUUGAUGCUGGUCAAGCUGGUCAAGGCCAACAUUACUGGAGCGGACAGACCACCAACGUAGACCCGGAGGAGCUCUUCCGCAAAAUCUUUGGAGAAUUUUCAGGAGGUCGGGGUUUCGGCGACUUCAAUGCCAUCUUUGAUCAACCACAGGAGUACAUCAUGGAGCUGACGUUCACCCAGGCAGCAAAAGGAGUUAACAAGGAAAUAUCUGUCAACAUAGACACCACCUGUCAGCGCUGUGAUGGUAAAGGCCAUGAGCCAGGCACCAAGGUCCAGCACUGUCACAACUGCAACGGCUCUGGCAUGGAAACUAUAAAUACCGGCCCAUUUGUGAUGCGCUCAACUUGCCGUCGCUGUGGGGGCAAAGGCUCAGUCAUUUCUACUCCCUGUAACUCCUGCCGCGGCACGGGUCAGACUAAGCAGAGGAAGACCGUGAUGGUUCCUGUGCCUGCAGGAGUGGAGGAUAACCAGACGGUCCGAAUGCCGGUUGGAAAAAAGGAGAUCUUCAUCACAUUUCGGGUCCAGAAAAGCCCAAUAUUUAGGAGGGACGGUGCAGACAUCCACUCUGAUCUUCAGGUGUCUGUGGCACAAGCCAUCCUGGGGGGCACGGCCAGAGCACAAGGCCUUUAUGAAACUCUUAAUUUGUCUAUCCCUGCAGGAAUCCAGUCAGACCACAGAAUUCGCCUUUCAGGAAAAGGAAUCGCUCGCGUCAGUGGAUAUGGCUUUGGAGAUCACUACAUCCAUGUGAAAAUAAAAAUACCCAAGAAUUUGACAGACAGACAAAAAUCAUUAAUAUCCAGCUAUGCUGAAGAUGAGACAGACAUAGAGGGGACAGUAAACGGCGUCACCGCCACAAGCACAGGGAAAAGAUCUUGGAACUGAAGCCUCAUCAGCUACUGAACACAGCAGGGAGGACAAUGCAAAGCAACAUGGACACAUCACAAGGAAUUUACAGAAAAAUAAUGAUGUUUCCUUUCUUUUUUUUUUUUGGACUAGUUAUUUAAGAAUUACCUACUCAGUCUGUUCUUAAAAUACAGAGGAUGCUUUUUUCCCUGUGGAUUAACAACAGAGAAAUGGCAGUGUGGCUGUAAAGACUCGUUUCUCAUGGCACCAAGUGCAGAGUCCACAGAGAAAUAAAUUAUUGUACAAGCAAAGUCUAAAGUUUUAUUUAGGAUUAAAUCAUUUUGUCACUUAUUAAGUUCUAAAGCUGCCAGUUGGUUCUUUUUUCAGGAUUAAAAUACUUCAAUCAUCUGUUAGGCAUUAUGAGUCAAACAGAAUGUCAGAAACUGUAGCAUCCACAUAAUACAGUGUCCUCUCUCAUGGUAACUAAAGGAAAUAAACCCUUCUCUGGAGUUUUAACCAUUAAUCUGCUCCUGUUUUACCUUUACAACUCAAUAGAACAUUAACAUACCUGUACGUCUGUGACAUAUGUGGUAAAGAAUAAAUAAAGCUGUCUCUGGGAAGUCUCA